AUGGGGCUACAGGAUGGAAAACAAAAGCCCAAUGUGAAAGCAGAGAGUGUGGCCAAAGGGUAUAGUGUUCCAAAGCAGGAGACAGCACAGCCCCCGGUCCCUCAGACAGCACAGCCCCCGGUCCCUCAGACAGCACAGCCCCCGGUCCCUCAGACAGCACAGCCCCCGGUCCCUCAGACAGCACAGCCCCCGGUCCCUCAGACAGCACAGCCCCCGGUCCCUCAGACAGCACAGCCCCCGGUCCCUCAGACAGCACAGCCCCCGGUCCCUCAGACAGCACAGCCCCCGGUCCCUCAGACAGCACAGCCCCCGGUCCCUCAGACAGCACAGCCCCCGGUCCCUCAGACAGCACAGCCCCCGGUCCCUCAGACAGCACAGCCCCCGGUCCCUCAGACAGCACAGCCCCCGGUCCCUCAGACAGCACAGCCCCCGGUCCCUCAGACAGCACAGCCCCCGGUCCCUCAGACAGCACAGCCUCCCUGUCCCUCAGGCACCACUGCCUUCCAGUCCUCAGUCCCUCAGACAGCUCUGCCUCCCAGUACCUCACACAGCACUGCCUCCCAGUAA